GGUAAUUGGUAUCAUGGUUUAAAAUUUAAAUUGGUUAGGUUGGGUCAUGUUUAUUAUUUAAUGUUGGAAAACAUUAAGUGUUUUUAAUACUGCUGUAAAAACUAAAAAAAAUAUCCAAGAUUCAUAAUGUCCGUAGUUCUUACAAAAGCAGCGUUGGCUGUUAAAAAUGCAGAAUCUAAUUUUCAAGUUGUGAAAUUUGUAUCACAUAAGCCUAAAAAGAAGCCUAUCGAUGAAAGUAAAAAGGAAUUAAAUAAUCAAGUGGCGCCCAAAAAGGACAUUGAAUUAAAGAAAAUUAGACAUGAAAUAGUCAAAUUUGGCAUGUCGGGAUUUGAUUCAAAUAAAAAAGAGGAAGCAAAAAUUGCCUUAGCUAUAAGUUUAGGUGCAAAACCACCAAAAAAGCCAUACCUUAAUUAUAAGGAACUCAUGGCUAAAAGGAAACAGGAGAAACAAAAGGACAUUGAAGAAAGACAACUUAUGAAAUCAAAAAGCAUUCUUCAAACAACAGGAAAAAAGAAAAAAGGGGCUCAAAAUGAUGUUGGACAUUUUUUGAGCAACUAUGGAAAGGUACAGAAAAAAGAUCUAAAGAAGCAACAAGAAAAAGGAAGGAAGAAAAAAACAAAAAAGGGAAAUAAAUAAGUUAUAUAUCAGGACUUUAUUAUUAUUAAUAAAUGUUAAAAAGUUAUGUUCUUAUGUAUAUAAAAUUAUGGAUUUCAUUUCUUCAUAGAGCAUUCAUUUUGGUAUCCACAGCCUGCUACAAGGUUGUGCUGCAGUACACCAAUCUCUUAUUGGUUAAGCAAUCUCUAUGAAAAUUAUUAUACUGCUAUAUUUAGUGUAUUCAUAGGUGACAGGAUAAUGUCUAAUGGGAUCAUCAUUAGCCGGAAGAUGUUCACUGCUGGACAGAGGCCUCCCAGCAAAGAUCUCCAUGACAAUUGGUCCUGUGCUGCCCUCAUCUGUAUAAACAUAUUUGGGCGAUUUUGACCAGAUCAUUGGUCCAUCUUGUGGGGGCCUACCAACACUGCAUCUACAUAUUCACAAUUCGAGGAAUUGACUGCCCCAUCUGUUUGUCAAACUAUGUACCCUGCCCACUGCCAAUUUAGUUUCAAAAUUAUGUGGGCUAUGAGUGACCAUGAGCUUUCUGAUCAGGGCCAUAGUAAGCAACCAUGUUUGCAAACCAUAAGUCAUCACUGGCAACACACAUUGGAAUGAGCUUAUACAAUUUCUCACUCAAAUUCGCUUUUUCUUUUUUAGUUCUUUUUCCAUUUUGUCAUUUCCUUCUUCUAACAGUAAUAAUAGAAUAAUUUUGAAAAAAUUUCUAAACAUCAAUCUUGAAAAACAUUGUUACUUAUAUGUGUUGCCGAUCUUACACUUUUUUAAUGACUGGAAUAAUGUGGACUACUCGCUGGCUUACUGGACUGGAAUAAUGUGAACUGAGCUUAUAUAAAUAUAAUAAAUCGUAUAAUUUUAAUAUAUUCCUUAUUAUUAGAUAGGUAUAUUUUAAAAUUAGUUAAGUAAAUAAAUAUUGUUUACUUUUAAAAUUCUCAUAAGUUAAAUUACAUAGCAGAUGGGAAUCACUGGUUGGCUCUGCACAGGGUUUCCUAGUGAGCCAUCCAGAGGAGUUACUUAAUUCAUUAAAAGUGCAUCUUUGUUUUAGGUACUUAUGAGAUAUUGUUACAUUUACAUUGUACAAGUUAUAUGAGGCAUCAAGAAGCAAUAAUUAAUAAAUAAUAUAAAAUA